AGGAUAUUUUUAUUUUGCUUUCAACUUUUGACAACAACAAAAGCAAAAGUCAAACCUGCUUUUUUAAAGUUUGACAUCCCAAGGCUCAAGUAGAAAUAUGUAAUAUGGUGUUUUCCUUAUGUUCCUACUCCGGCAGACUAAGUGACUAGCUUCCUACAUCAAAAACCCCUUAAAUAAUUCUCAGAGGACAGGUUGUAAAUAAUUAUUAUGAGUUCUAGAACCAGAUCCCAGACAAAAGGGUUUGGUUCAAAACACAAUAGGUUGAAAGAAAGUACAGAUCAUCUCAUCUUGGAUGGAUUCAGCCUACCAAUUUGACAGUGGCGUCGUCCAUCGGGAGUAUCUUGUUUGUUAUCCGGUUCCUACAUCCCAUCCUCCUUGCAUUUUUGUAUAUCCAAAAAUACUCUUUAAAAGAAGAAAUGUAAGGAAAUACGGAAAGAUGGGAGAAAAUGGCCAGCUCCUUAUUUUUUAUCUUUAUUUUUUGACCCAAUAAAUAUACACCCUUUGCAAAAGAGUUUUUCCCAUUGUUAGAUGACACCCUAAAAAACCUGACAGUGGCUGUCUCUUAGUUACAAAGUUAACAUUUGCACUUUUCCUACUGAAGGAACACAUAGAUUGGAGCAUGCCUUGUAUUUCUCUAUAAAGUGAUUCAAAACAGACUGUAGCUUAUGAAACAACAAUUCAGAGAUAAUUUCAUUUAAAAGUCUUACAUCUAAAUCAUAUAACUUCUCUAUUUAGAAUCAAUUACAAAGUAUUGUAGUCAAACUUAAUUCCAUGAAUGCAGUGUGGUAAAUUCAGGUGAAUUGCCAUGAUUGUUUCCUCUCUUUUUAAUAUUUCGAGACGAUUUCAUAGCCUUAGUGUCGCUAGGGUUUAAAAAAUGCAAAAGCAUUUCUUUCUGUGAAAACUGUUAAGGUGGUAAAUGUUCUUCAAAACCAUGAGACAAAAUUAGAAAACAUCUGUUACAGCUUUUUAAAAAAAAGUUUUUAUACUAAAUUUACUGAUGGGUAUAACCUUCAAAUCACCUCUAGGAAGAGUAAAGUGAAAGAGUUUAAUAUAAAACAAAACAUUUUGCUAAAUGUGAAACUGGAUCCAUCGUUUUUUAAGCCAUGAGAACUGUUUUUCCUUAAUAAGGCAACUGUUCUAAUUCUUCACAUCGUCUGUAGUGCCCAGAUUGAACAAUACAUCAUGUGACACUGAAGUUACAAUUUUAAGCUAUAGGCACUAGAUGUAGCCUGAGUAACUGGCUCUUAUUUUGUUUGUACGCAACACUUUCCUCCUUCUGUAACCAGCUGGAAGCUGAACAAUUUCUGAGCUACUUUAGAUACAAGGCAAAACUGGGUAAUUGUGAAGUUAGACAUGUGUUUCCUUGUAAAUGUCUCUCUGCAGAGUCAUCUCAUUUCCAAAGCCCCAAAGAAAACUAACAGCAGAAGCCUGCCGGUUAACCAUGUGCUGUCAUUGCAGAGUUUGCAGUGAAUGUGUACCAUGAAAUUGCCAAAGAUUUGUAUAUAUUUUAAUAAAAGCAGAAAGCAAUAAGAAACAAAGGCAAAAUGACUGCAUAAUUAGCAUUUGGCCUUAUCUAGAUGGCAUCCUGCUGAGUCCAACCCUGACAUCUGCAGUACUUUACAGAAGGCAGGGAGUUUUCUUUCUCUUUUCCUUUAUUUACCUAUACAAAACCAGAAAAUCCUGUUUUUACAGUAUUCACAAGCCAAUCCCCUCAUUCCAUCAUCUGUCUGUCUCAACAACUUAAGACAUGGAUGGGCUCUGCUUGCCUAAGAUCUCUCAGCGAACUAGAACAUCCUUCUCCUACAUGGCCUGUGAUGCUGCAGUUUCACAUUAAUAAACCAUAAGUAACUCCCAAAAUUAGCACCUCCUAUUUAAAAUAUUAUUUCUGUUUUAAUAUAAAUGGCGCAAAAGAGCUGAUAAAAAUAAAAAAUUAAACCUCUAGAAACCCACCCCUUUCCUGAUUACUCACUGAUGAAUAUGAUCCUGUCAUUUAAUAAAACAGAAACUUGAGAAAACAUGCUGUAAAAAGAAGCUAUUUAAGUGUGAAGUCCCUACUUUUUACAAGCAGUAGUUUCUUCUCACCCAUAGGAAGCAUUUCACAUUCUGUCACUUUACCUGUGGCCCCAGCGCUGUUGUUAGUUCUGCAAUCUCUUCUUUACUUUGCCUUGUAGUAUUCUGAACUUUUUAAACCUGAAUUACCCCCAAAGCACUACCCAAAAUAAAGGGACAUUUUAACAGUACUCCAGACAGCAAGAAGUCUGUGUAGAGUCCUUGUUUACAUAAACAUGUUUAAUGAUAUAGAAAAUCUAUUCCAAAUCAAUUAUUAAAAUCUAAAAGGAAAAAUAUAUUACAUUUUAAAUGGAGGGAAGACACCUGGUUUUAUUCAAUGUUGUGGAGAAUCUGUUCGGCAACUUUUAAAUCAAUUUAAAGUUAAUUCAGAUGCCUUUUCAGUCAUUGCAAUUACACAUAGAGAAUACUGAACCGAAAGAUGGCAAGACAAUUGUUUGUGUCCAAACUUAUCAAAAACUAUAUUUCCCUGGAGUUUUCAUCCCAACAAAUUUCAAAUUCUCCUUUCCAAGGAGCAUUUGACCUUCACAUUCCAGGCCCUGUAUCUCUUCAUUUCCUAUGUCCAUCGUAUGUUACAAAACUCAAACUGGGCUACAAGUAUAAAUUUCUGUUUACUGACAUUAAUGAAUUUUGGUUGUUUUCAACAUCUGCAAUCUGUUCCUUGUGCCAGCCCCGCAUUGCAGAGAAGUCUUAGCCUGCGAUUCCAGCUUCGCUCCUGCAAAGAAAGUCACUACAGGCAGGUUUAAAUUGUAUUUACUCGGAGAGAAGAGGGGGAAGGGAACUCCCUGCCCCCUGCCAACCUGACAGGCCAGCCUGGGUGACAAGCCCCCAGGGUGGCCGCACCCCCCACUAGCCGGCCUGGGCGCUGUCCUUGGUGCUGCCGGCGCCAUAGCGAGCACAAGCGCCUUACCUUCUGCCCCUGCGGAAGCUGCGGUCGUUCCCCAAACGUUAGAAAUGCCAUAUCCCACUUUUAAUACAAAUAACUACCCCGGCCUGUUCUCUUUAGCCUUCAGGCAGACCGUUCCUCAAAGUCUUUCUUUUUUCUUCUAGACUCAGCUCCUCUGCGCUCAUCUCCAGCUGCUUUAAGACAAGGAGUGGGGGAAGGGGAGAGAGGCAAGAACAGAUGAGGGUGGGGGAGGGGAGAAGAGGGAAUGCAGGGGGAGGGGAGGGAGGAGACGGGGUGAAGGAAAGAUUGGAAGAAAAGGGUCCCUCCGAGGAAGGGGCUGAGAGAGGGGCGGGGUGAACGGGACUAAGGAAGGCCAGUAGGAGGGAGAAGACGGGCCAAAAAAGAAUUAGAUGGGAUUAAGCACAGAAGAUGGGUAAAGAAAAAAGUACCGGGGAAAUUGCAAAAGAAGAGAAAGGCUUGAGGAUAAGAGUGUAGAGGGCUAAAGAACAAGGGGACCUCCAGGGUGUCGGGGAAGUGCUGCACGAACGGCGGGACAGUGACAGACAAAGAAAGGGCGCUGGUGAUAUUCGAACCAAGGGUGCGAAACGGGGGUUGAGAAAUGGGGAGAAGGAGAACGCCCGGAGACAAGUGGCCUGGGACUGAAAAGGGACCUGAAGGGAGGGGCUGAGCCCCAGGCAGCAAAGUCCGGGGUCCCGGGUCGAUGCGGCCCCGUGCACGUGGAGCGGGUGCUGAAUCACCGCUCAGCCGCCCCCUCCCCUCCUCCCCGACCGGUGCCCGCAGUCCCCGCCUCCUCGGCCGCCGCCUCCACUGGGCGGGGCCCUGGCCCGGGACCAGCGCCGCGGCUAUAAAUGGGCUGCGGCGAGGCCGGCAGAACGCUGUGACAGCCACACGCCCCAAGGCCUCCAAGAUGAGCUACACGUUGGACUCGCUGGGCAACCCGUCCGCCUACCGGCGGGUAACGGAGACCCGCUCGAGCUUCAGCCGCGUAAGCGGCUCCCCGUCCAGCGGCUUCCGCUCGCAGUCGUGGUCCCGCGGCUCGCCCAGCACCGUGUCCUCCUCCUACAAGCGCAGCAUGCUCGCCCCGCGCCUCGCCUACAGCUCGGCCAUGCUCAGCUCCGCCGAGAGCAGCCUCGACUUCAGCCAGUCCUCGUCCCUGCUCAACGGCGGCUCCGGACCCGGCGGCGACUACAAGCUGUCCCGCUCCAACGAGAAGGAGCAGCUGCAGGGGCUCAACGACCGCUUCGCCGGCUACAUCGAAAAGGUGCACUACCUGGAGCAGCAGAACAAGGAGAUCGAGGCAGAGAUCCAGGCGCUGCGGCAGAAGCAGGCCUCGCACGCCCAGCUGGGCGACGCGUACGACCAGGAGAUCCGCGAGCUGCGCGCCACGCUGGAGAUGGUGAACCACGAGAAGGCUCAGGUGCAGCUGGACUCGGACCACCUGGAGGAAGACAUCCACCGGCUCAAGGAGCGCUUCGAGGAGGAGGCGCGGCUGCGCGACGACACCGAGGCGGCCAUCCGCGCGCUGCGCAAAGACAUCGAGGAGGCGUCGCUGGUCAAGGUGGAGCUGGACAAGAAGGUACAGUCGCUGCAGGAUGAGGUGGCCUUCCUGCGGAGCAACCACGAGGAGGAGGUGGCCGACCUCCUGGCCCAGAUCCAGGCCUCGCACAUCACGGUGGAGCGCAAAGACUACCUGAAGACAGACAUCUCAUCCGCGCUGAAGGAGAUCCGCUCCCAGCUCGAGUGCCACUCCGACCAGAAUAUGCACCAGGCCGAAGAGUGGUUCAAAUGCCGCUACGCCAAGCUCACCGAGGCGGCCGAGCAGAACAAGGAGGCCAUCCGCUCCGCCAAGGAAGAGAUCGCCGAGUAUCGGCGCCAGCUGCAGUCCAAGAGCAUCGAGCUGGAGUCGGUGCGCGGCACCAAGGAGUCCCUGGAGCGGCAGCUCAGCGACAUCGAGGAGCGCCACAACCACGACCUCAGCAGCUACCAGGACACCAUCCAGCAGCUGGAAAAUGAGCUUCGGGGCACAAAGUGGGAAAUGGCUCGUCAUUUGCGCGAAUACCAGGACCUCCUCAACGUCAAGAUGGCUCUGGAUAUAGAAAUUGCUGCGUACAGAAAACUCUUGGAGGGUGAAGAGACCAGAUUUAGUACAUUUGCAGGAAGCAUCACUGGGCCACUGUACACACACCGACAGCCCUCAGUCACAAUAACUAGUAAAAUUCAGAAAGCCAAGGUCGAAGCUCCCAAGCUUAAGGUCCAACACAAAUUUGUUGAGGAGAUCAUAGAAGAAACCAAAGUGGAGGAUGAGAAGUCAGAAAUGGAAGAUGCCCUGGCAGCCAUUACAGAGGAAUUGGCCAUUUCCAUGAAGGAAGUGAAGGAGGAAGAAGCAGAAGAAAAGGAAGAGGAACCGGAAGCUGAAGAAGAGGAAGUAGCUGCCAAAAAGUCUCCAGUGAAAGCUACUGCACCUGAAGUUAAAGGAGAGGAGGAAGGGGAAAAGGAAGCAGAGGAAGGCCAGGAAGAAGAAGAGGAGGAAGAAGAUGAGGGCGCUAAGUCAGACCAAGCCGAAGAGGGAGGAUCCGAGAAGGAAGGCUCUAGUGAAAAAGAAGAAGGUGAGCAGGAAGAAGGAGAAGCAGAGGCUGAAGGGGAAGGAGAAGAAGCUGAAGCUAAAGAGGAAAAGAAAGUGGAGGAAAAGAGUGAGGAAGUGGCUACCAAGGAGGAGCUGGUGGUAGACGCCAAGGUGGAAAAGCCAGAAAAAGCCAAGUCUCCUGUGCCAAAAUCACCAGUGGAAGACACAAAAUCAAAAGCAGAAGUGGGAAAAGGUGAACAGAAAGAGGAAGAAGGAAAGGAAGUCAAGGAAGCUCCCAAGGAAGAGAAGGUAGAGAAAAAGGAAGAGAAACCAAAGGAUGUGCCAGAGAAGAAGAAAGCUGAGUCCCCAGUAAAGGAGGAAGCCAUGGAGGAGGUGGUCACCAUCACCAAAUCGGUAAAGGUGCACUUAGAAAAGGAGACUAAAGAAGAGGGGAAGCCACAGCAGCAGGAGAAGGAGAAGGAGAAAGCAGGAGAGGGACGGAGCGAGAAGGAAGUGAGUGAUAAAGGUUCCAAGGAAUCCAGGAAGGAAGACAUAGCUGUCAAUGGGGAGGUAGAAGGAAAAGAGGAGGAGGAGCAGGAGACCAAGGAAAAGGGCAGUGGGAGGGAAGAGGAGAAAGGCGUUGUCACCAAUGGCCUAGACUUGAGCCCAGCAGACGAAAAGAAGGGGGGUGAUAAAAGUGAGGAGAAAGUGAUGGUGACUAAAACGGUAGAAAAAAUCAGUGAGGGGGGAGAUGGUGCUACCAAAUACAUCACUAAAUCUGUAACCGUCACUCAAAAGGUCGAAGAGCAUGAAGAGACCUUUGAGGAGAAACUAGUGUCUACUAAAAAGGUAGAAAAGGUCACUUCACACGCCAUAGUAAAGGAAGUCACCCAGAGUGACUAAGAUUUGAGUCCAUUGCAGAAGGUUAAGCCAUAUGACAAUUUCAAAAUGCAUGUGAUUGGCAGCUUCAAAACAGAACGGGUUCUCCCAUGGGGGCUCCAGACAUUGUAUUUUACUUUGUGCAAUAUGAGGGGACUGCAUGCAAGCUCAGGGUGCUCCCUCCUCAGUCUUUGGGGGAUUCAAAUGCAUGAUAUUGUAUGUACCGGGGAAAUUGGCCAAUUUCCUAAGCUGUCAGAAGGGGGUCACUCGGGGGGGAUGUCUUGGGAUGUAUUAUGCAAAGUACCAACUGAGCCAAAUACAACAAAUGAAACAGAGAACUCUCUUAGCCUUAAGAAAGCUGUAUAUGAAUAACUAUGUUUACCUCACUGGUGCAUUUAAAAUGGACUUUUGUUCAUGGGAGAACCUCGUUGACAUGCACAGUUUGCAAUCUUAUGUUGAUCGAUGUUAAACGUCACAGCAGUACUUGCUCAAUAAAGGUCAUAUUGGAAACAUA